AUGGCUCUCCUUCAUGCUGGUAAUGAUUCAGUGAAGUUGUCCAUGAGUGUCCAGGAGAUGUCCAUGAAAGGUGAUGAACCACCCCCUGAAUAUAUUGUUAAAGAUAGCAAGUUUGGAGCUAUAGAGUCUUCACCAGAAUUGGGUCAAAUCCCCAGCAUUGAUGUCAGUCUCUUCUCCCCAUCAUCACUUGAUUCUAAGCAAGCGAAGAUCGAACUUGACAAACUUAGAACAGCUCUCAGCUCAUCAGGCUGCAUUCAGGCAAUUGGUCAUGGGAUAUCAAGUUCCUUUCUGGACAAGGUACGCGAAGCUGCGACACAAUUCUUUGAACUUCCAGUGGAAGAGAAGGAAAAGUACUCCAGAUCUGUUCAUGGUGGCUCUGAAGGGUAUGGGAAUGAUGUCAUUGUCUCAGAGAAGCAAGUUCUCGAUUGGUCCUAUAGACUAACACUAAGAGUAUUCCCUGAAGAUCAAAGAAGGCUUAAUCUUUGGCCAAAAAAUCCAACUGACUUUGGAGAGGUUGUGCAUGAAUAUGCAACAAAGGUAAAAUAUAUGAUUGGUGUGCUGUUUAAGGCCAUGGCAAAAUCGUUGAAUUUGGAGGAGAACAGCUUUUCAGAUCACUUGUUUGGAGAGGGAGCUCUGAUGCAAGCAAGAUUCAACUUCUAUCCGCGGUGUUCAAGAUCCGAUCAGGUCCUUGGUGUCAAGCCACAUACAGAUAGGUCAGGAGUGACAGUUCUGUUGCAAGACAAAGAAGUGGAAGGUCUUCAACUUUUGGUAGAUGGGAAAUGGGUUAGAGUCCCCAUUGUGCCUCAUGCUAUAGUUGUUAAUCUUGGUGAUCAAAUGCAGAUUAUGAGUAAUGGUAUCUUCAAGAGCCCAAUGCACAGGGUUGUGACAAAUCCAGACAGAAUGAGACUAUCUGUGGCCUUGUUUAAUGAACCUGAUCCUGAAACUGAAAUUAGUCCUGUGGAGAAACUGAUAGUUGAGACAAGGCCACGGUUAUAUAAAACUGUCAAGAAUUAUGGUCGUAUCAACUAUGAAUGCUAUCAGAGAGGAGAGGUAGCACUUGAAACAGUAAAAAUCAGCUAGCUCCCAUAUGAAAGAAGUUGAAUACAUUAAGGUUUGUUUUUGUAUUGACACCUGUUGUUUACUGUGAUGAAUCAUUGCUGUGUAAGCCUAUAAGUUAAUCAUGUAU